UGCAGACUUUUCUUCAAUAUAAUUCUGGAAGGCGGUAGAUUUUUUAACUCAGUGUAAAUUACUAGCUCAUUAGGUUGAAAUUAGUCAUCAAGUGAAUUAGUUAAUGCCAAGCCUUCAUUCCUUUUGAAGCUGAAACUCUAAUUAGUCAAGUAGUCAUUUCCCAAAGUCUGAAACUUGGUCUCUACUUCCGCUGAUAUUCUUGUAUCUUGUUUAUGCUGUCACGUUGGGGUUUCAAGAUAAGGACCCUCCAAGUUUUUGCCUAGUUUGUUAAUUUUUUCAGUUUUGCUACAUGCACAUAUUACUCUGUUCGUUUCCUAUUAGAUGUCGUCUUCUUCACCAUGUGUAGAGAAUUAGAUAUGGACUAUCAGUUUGUAAUUAUCUCAAGGGGAAAACCAUGUGAGAUAUGUGGAGAUAUUGGCAAACCAGAUCCAAAAGAAGUGACCCUCUUAACUUGCUCCAAGUGCAAAGAUACUCGUGAACACAUUUAUUGCAUGGGAGUAAGGCAUAGAGGCGAUCGGAGAAAAUGGAUUUGUGAAGAAUGUGACUCCUCCGAGCAGACAUCUUCGUCAAAAUCUGCUUCAAGCGAACAGAGUGGUGGGACACCUGAGCAAGCAAGGGCCCUAGACUCUGGAGCAAUGAGAAAGAAAUCCUCAUCACCAAGUAAAUCAAAUUAUGCACAUAGGACAUCCACUUCAAAGAAAGCGAAUUCUGUAUUCCAGAAAGAGCAUGGUUGCGGGGACUCACCUGUAGUGAAACAUUCUGCUAAAGAUGUGCAAACAUCAAAUACUAUGAUGGGGAAGGAAACAGAUGGACCUGCACGGAAACAUCGUGGGGAGAAUCCAACUGCUAAGCAGUUAACUUUUGGGAAACUUCCCAAGCCUGGCGUAAGUUCAGGUGGACAUGCAGGACAAUUAUGUAUGGUCCCUCCAACUGCGAAGCGUAUGCCUCGUGAAAAUGUUAUAAAAGAUGACGUAAAUUCAGGGAGUACCUCUCUGAUGAUAGUCCAGGCUCUUCCCGCUGUAAGUUCAGGAAUGGAUGUUUCUGCUGUGGCUCAGCCAAAGAAUAUUGAUUUUAAGGCCACGGAGUCUCCGAGAGAUCUACCAAACCCUCUCGCUGAUCCGACAUGGAAGGGAACUUUUAAGAUCAUCACUGGCAGUUUAUCUAGUUUCCAUGAAAUUCAAGCCCAUCCUUGUAAACCUCAGAGCAGAGCAUACGAGCUGUCAAGACAGCUUCCCAUGACACUAGUGUUUGAAAUGCUGCCCCGACAUAAGUUUUGGUUGAAUUUUUUUGAGGAUUAUGUCCCUGGUGAGCUUGACAUUGGACUAUAUUUUUUCCCCUCUAAGACGUCCGAUCUGGAAGGAGGUUCUGCGUUGCCUAGUAAAUCAACUUGUGGACAUGAACAAAGUUAUUAUUCCCUUUUGGAGUACUUGGAUGAGCAUGACUUUGUCAUCAGAAGUUGCAUUGAUGAAGUGGAGUUGUUUGUUUUUUCUUCUAAACAUUUGGAAGAGAAAUCCCGUUUUAUGAACCAAAAGCAUUUCUUGUGGGGGCUAUUUCGUCCUUCUGACACUAACAGAGUUGCGCCAAAGGAAAUUAUGCUUGUCCAAAAUUCAGACGUGAGAGACAUAAAUGAGGAGCAUGAAGUUGAAGACAUGGAUGUAAACAUGUUAGGCGGACAUGAAGUGGGUGAUUCUUGUGGGAACCACAAAGAAGGUGAGUUAGAGAUCAAAUCAUCAUCAGAAAAUGCAGCAGGAGCAGCUCUUGAACUCUCUCCUAUCAAGGUAAAAAAAGAGCAGACUGAUGCCAUAGAAGAAACAUCUCUUCAUUAUAGCAUAUCGUCGUGUGUUGAAGAUGACCCGGAGCUCGAGAAAGAACUACUAAAGAGCUUCGACAGGUUUGCAGCAAUAAUGCUAGUACAUGAAGUUGGUUGUUCGAAAACAGAUGUCGAAGAAGUGUACGAAGUCUAGGAGGUUGGCUACGGUAGAAAUAUCACAUGUAAUUACUCGCUCUGCAGCAUCGAUGUCUUUACAGUAGGCCAAUACCAGAAAUGUACAGUCAUACUAGAAAUUUGCAGCUAACAGUAGCAAUUAGUUCUGAUAUAUGACAGAAUCACCUUAAUUCAAUGAGAAAGUUGUAUAUUCUGUGACCC